CGUAGCUAGGCAACAAGGAGAGACGCGGCGGCCGGCCGCCCCUGACGCGCCUCUCCGUCCCGGUGGUCGGCGAGCGGAAGCCGCCCGGGGCCCUGUGGCGCGGAGAUGAGCAGGUCUGCGGCGCUCCUGCUCUACUUGCUGGCCUGCAACGUCUGGAAGGCGGUGACCAAGACGCUGAGGGAGCCCGACGCGGGAGUCCAAGAGGUCACGCUAAAGGUCCAUGUCAGUGACGCCAGCACCCAUCAGUCUGUCCCAGAUGCGCUCAUCGAGAUUUUCACCAAUCAGGUCUCUAUCGCCUCUGGCACUGCGGGGACAGAUGGUGUUGCCUUCAUCAAGUUCCAGUAUAAGCUGGGCAGUCGGUUGAUCGUCACGGCCACAAAGCACGCCUACGUGCCAAACUCAACCCCGUGGAAGCCCAUCCGGUUACCCGUGUUUUCUUCCCUGAGCCUUGGCUUGCUUCCAGAACGAUCUGCGACUCUAAUGGUAUAUGAAGAUGUUGUCCAAAUAGUAUCAGGAUUCCAAGGUGCCCGGCCACCGCCUCGUGUGCAUUUCCAGAGAAGAGCUCUGCGAUUGCCUGAGAACACCAGCUAUAGUGACCUGACCGCUUUCCUCACGGCCGCCAGUUCCCCCUCAGAGGUGGACAGUUUUCCUUUUUUGCAAGGAUUAGAUGGAAAUGGAACAGGAGACGGCACCAGAUACGACCUGACGCCAGUCACAGCCGUCAGUGUCCACUUGCUCGGCAGUGAUGGAACAGCAAUGCUGGUGGAUGGGCCCAUUUAUGUCACCGUGCCCCUGGCCACACAGAGCAGUCUAAGGUACAAUGCCUAUGUCGCAGCAUGGCAGUUCGACCAGAAGCUGGGAACGUGGGUGAAGAGUGGUCUAGGCCUUGUCCACCAGGAAGGCAGUCAACUGACGUGGACAUACAUUGCUCCUAAGUUGGGGUACUGGUUGGCGGCCAUGUCCCCCCCCAACCCAGGCGGAAGUGCUUAAAACCCCGUCAGCACCACAGAAAACUGCAGCUUCCUGACGCCCUGGAGAGUUCCAAAAGAGAUCAGUCAACCUCCAUGUCCCACAUCAACUUGUUGUUUUCCCGGCGUGAGUCGGAAUUCCCAGGCCCGCUCUCUGUCACUAGCCACGGCCGC